AUGGGAUCAAACAAUCCUCAUUGGUUGUUCAACAAUGAAUGCCACAUUGAGAGACUAUCAACAGAGUUGGAGGCAAUCGAUGAUCCUUCAAAGAGAUUGAUUGAAUCACUCAACACAUUCAAUGCUCUCAGGACAGAGUGUUAUGACAUGACCAACAAGCUAUCAGAUUGUCACAAAGCAUUUGGUGAUGUAGUUGGCACAUCGAAAUCAUUCGAUUGGUACAUCAAAGAUAACUCAAACAUCAAGAUUGUAUUGGCUGGUCCAACUCACUCUGGAAAGUCAACAUUGAUCAACACAUUACUGUCAUGUCAACUGAUGCCAUCAAGUGGCGGUCACACAUCAGGAAGGAUAUGCAUUCUGGCUCACUCGACAACGAUCAGAAUCAAGUUCUUCAAAGUGAUACCACACCAAGAUCAGGAUCAUCCCAGCAGGUUAGAGUGUAUCGAUGAUGAGACCAUCACAAUCGAGAAUCAAAGACAACUACAGACCACAUUGAAACAACAUCUAUCAAGACCAGCAGGUAUCGACAAUGAAGCAGACCCAUUGACAUUCAAAGAAUGGGCCAGCAAGAUUGUGAGAGUCGAGUUCCCAUCACCAUUGCUCCGGACUGGAUUGGAGAUCAUCGAUGUUCCAGGCUUCAGCAUCUCUGAUCAUGCAUCAUUGUUCAGCAUCCGCAAGCAGUUCUUCAAUGUCUACCAACCCACAGGCAUCAUGUUUUGUUACUCCAACACGGCGUUCUCUGAUGGUGAAGUGUUGGCCAUGCCUGAUCUCAUUCACUCAUUACCGAGCGAUCACAAUGAUUCAAUGCUCUUUGUCAACACCAAGAGGUCCAAGAGUGAGGUGGCACUCAACAACAACAUUGAUCAAGGUGAUGAGAUCCCACUCGAGUUGAUCAACUCCUACACAGACAUCUGCUUCUCAAAAGUUGAGAAAUCGAUUCCCAAUGCAUCCAAGAGACGAUUCUCAAUUGUCAAUGCACUGGAUUUCAUCAAACAACCCAAGUCUGUUGGAACGAGAUAUAUGUUCAAUCAAUUCAUCGACCAACUGAUCAAGUGGAUUGCAAAGAUAUUCCAACAACAAGGUCACACAUUACUAAGGAUGAUCGAACUCGAAUGCAAAUCAAUGUGGAAAGUUGGAGAUUCAUUGAAAUUCAAACUUGGCCAUGACUGUGACAUUGACACUCUAAAGAGGGACACAUUUGAUGUGCUGAACCAAUAUGCAAACGACGUUUCAGUCUCAGUUAAUAGGAUAGUUGACACGAUCCCUGUUCGUUUCAUGGAGGUGUUGGGUCUGAAGUCCACCAAGAAUUCAUCAUCGAGAAGGUUAUCGAUCAGCUAG